AUGAGCCUAUCAAAAUCUGAGAGACAAUCGAUUAUAUUAAAUGAUGCAAGAGGAAUUCAGCAUCCAUUAUAUUAUGUAUCAACAAGUAAAGAUGGAAAAAUUUAUGUAAGAAAAAGACGAGUUCCAUUAACGAAUUCAGAAACUGAUAAAAUAGAUAUAAAACCUAAACUUGAAACAAAAGCGGAAGACAGUGAGGCUGUCAGGACAAAGCCCACGAUAAAGGAAACGGAAUCUAAACUAGAACCUAAACCAGAACCUAAACCCGAUGUACUUUCGAUAACGAAUCAAGAAUUAAUAGCUAAAUUUGUAAAUUUCAUUGAAAAGCAAACGGAAUCAAAAAAUCCAGACCCACCAGUAAAAGAGCAGGAAACCAAAAUUAAUGAAGAGUUUGUGAAAAACGUAAAACAUGAAAUUAUUGAACAAAAGAAACAAAUUCCUCAACUAAGAAGAAGAGUUAGAAUAUUAAACUAA